AGAGGCAAAGAAAAAUGUGGAAGCCCUGGGAAGCUCUUCAGAAAACAGGCAGCCUUGUGACUUGCAGGCCACAGAGUCAGCUGAGGCGGAGGCCAAAGGCACAAGUGAUGAUCAUCCUUUUCCAGAACCCAGGCUCCCCUAUCCAUUCACCUCUUGUCUGUCUGAGAAGGAGCAGAAAACAUACUUGUAUCUGAUGACUAAGUACUCGAAAAAAAUCAACCAUUUUCAAGUUAGUGCAGCAAGUCAAAGGGAACUGUUCACAUAUUUGCAAAUGAAAGAAGUGGUAAACAAUGAAGUAGCAGAAUUUAUGAAAUUUGCCCAAAACGCUGCGAGAAGCUGUGCCCAGGAUUAUGAUGCCAUCUCGGAAGAUGCACUGCGUUAUACUGAGGAAUUGCUCCGUGCCUGUAUUGGACAUGUGCAAAAGUAUCCCGAGUUUUACACGCUCCAGGAGAUCAUGAGUAUCAUGGGAGGGAAGUUCCAUACACAGCUGACCUUCAGGCUGGAAAAAAAUCUUCUUGCAAUGGGUACAGCAAGACGAGGUAAAACAGAUUUCCCUGCCAUGCCCGUUCAGCUGCCCACAGAUUAUGAAACUGUGACAUCUAUUAUAACUCCAGAGAAAAAGGCUCAGAUUAUGUAUAAUGAUAUUAGUUCAGACUCAAAUGCAGAAAAACUUGCUUUGAAAUACUGUCCUCAAGUUGUUCUAAGUAAUCAGUCAUUAUUUACUUUACUGAAUAAUCAUGGACUAAACUACAAGGAGCAAUGGGAAAUUCCAGUUUGUGUUAAAAUGGUCACUGUUGCAGGUAGCAAACCAGCUAAAGUGGUUUAUGUUGAUUCACCUCUGCUGAGAAAAGAAAUGACAGUAAGAGAGAGGAAUCAAAUCUUCCAUGAAAUUCCAAUGGAUUUCCUAGCAACUAAAACAUCCUAUGUUUCAAUUUCUGAUGUAUGGAUGGACAAACCAGCUGAGGACAAUCUGUUCCAGUGGGAUGUGUCCUCUGAUACCUACCAGUGCAGGAAGAUUCCCCUUCCAGAUGACACAGGGAUGGACUUUGAUGAUGAUGUUACAGAACUGGAAACUUUUGGAGCAUCUACCAAGCUCUCAAGAACUUCUAAAGUGGAAAACUUUCCUGCAGUUAGUAACACUGCUGAAGUUUUAUCUCAUGGCCUAAAAAUGGGGGGAAAAAUUACAUCCACUAUAAACAGUGGAGAUGAAGGGAAAACCCCCCUUUGUGAGCAGGAAGUUUCAGCAUGUGCCAGUUUGCAGCUUCCAUCAUUAGAUGGCAUUCCAGGCUUCAGCCCUGGAGAAAAUUCCCCUGGUGAGUCAGUGGAGACAGGACUGAACAAAGCACAGGGUGUUGGGACCAAAGAAGUCUUGGACAAUGAAACAAACCCAAAUCCUCUGUCUGAUGCAGUCAGUGACAAGGAAGAGUCUGAUGCUGCCCAGAGCCACGAGACUCAGCCUCCCUUCUGCAGCAGUGACACGGGACGUUUGGUCAUUGAUUCAGAGAGUAAAAACACUGACUGGUGCCAAACAACUGCCCCAGCCACUGCCUGGGAUAGCUCAGCAGAGCCUGCAGGAUCUCCUUCUCCCACCCAGAUCCCUUCAGCAGGCAUGGCUGAUGGCUCAGAUUCCAUGGAUCAGGGAAAGAAAGCCUGCAGGAAACCCACCAGGAAGUUAUCCAAAGAGCUGGAUCCUGUGGGACAGAUUCUGAAAUUGCAAACUGAGCUUCUCAAGUCACCUUCCCAAAAAGCUCCCGAGCCAGUGGGGAGCUGUGACAAUCCUAAUGCUGUGCCAGCCCAGGGGCCUCCGUCCCCAAAACCACUGGUGACCUCCAGCACAGAAGCUGGGCCGGCCCCUGCCUCCAAUCACAGGAACACCUGGACUUGGCUCUUUGAGGGAGUGCCAAAGAGAAAGCUGCCAAGUGAACUCGAGCUGGUUGAAGAAGCCCCCUCAGAUCACAGCCCCUCAGGAGGCAACGUGGUGUACAAGCUGUUCAGUGUGGGUGAGCUGCUGCUCCUGGUGCGCUGCACUGUCCAGAAAGUGAGGUCACUGCCACGGUACCACAAAAAGAAAAAAACCCAAAAGCUUACUCCCAUAUUCCUGCUGCCCAAACUAGAAUACCAGGCCUAUUACGGUGUGGAAGCUCUGACAGAAAGUGAAGUGUGUCAGUUGUGGACAGAGAGUUUGUUGCAUUCUGAAUGUUUAUUUUAUGUUGGACAUAUAGAUGCUUUCACAUCAAAGCUUAUUAUGCUAGAAAAGAUUUCUCCAGAAACUUUAAGGGAAAAACUUGCAUUGAUCAAGCCUGCAAAUUCAUUAAAUAUACUUCAUCACAUUUUGAAGAAAGUGUCUGAUCUGCAGGAGGGCUCUUAUUUAUUGUCUCAUGCUGCAGGAGAUUCCUCCGUUUCAAUUUACAAGAGUUCCCUUGACAAGAGCACGAGAUCAUCCUAUAACCUACACAAGGCUCACUGUGACCUGCCUGCUGUCCCUGCCACUCUGUCCGUGCCGUGGGUGCCCCUGGAUCCCAGCCUUCCUUUGCCCUACCACAUCAGCCAUGGCAGAGUGCCCUGCACCUUCCCACCUGCCCCCCAGGAAGGCUGGAAGCACAAGAUGUCUGGGGCAAAAGGACAGUGGAACACACCCUGUGAGGGACAGCCAGGAGCUGUGGAGACAAAAGGCAAGCCAGCAAAGCCUGUGAGAAAUGAAGGUGUGGCUCCAAAGAAGCUGGGGAAGAAUUUCUGCAAGCAAAGGAAAAUGAAGAAAAGAUGGAACACUAAGUACAACAAAAUGCAACCAAAGUAGGAAUGGAGAAGAACAAGAGGCAACAACAAAUCUGGGGCUUUCUUGCAUCUUCGGAGGAGGCAGAACAAGCUGGCAGGGAAAUGGCUCCUUGGCUGGAGCAUUUCCGAAACAUUUAACCCCUUUGUACCUCAGUGGAAGUGUUUCAAGGGAAAAUCCCAAAUUCAGUCAGAGGAAAAAGCAAGUGGCCCCUUGGCUGGUUACAGGGGAAAAGUGUCUUCUCUUGGUCUUGGGGUUUUUGCACAACUCCAUCGUGAAGAAUGAAGCAGUGGGUGACAAUACUCUGAUUCCACAUAACAACCAGAAAUAUAACUUUGCAGUUUUCUGAAUUCUUCCAGAAUCGCUACAGAUUUUUAUUCUGACAUAUUUUAAAGCUACAUUUUACUUUGUGUAUUGUGCAUAAGGAGAGCAACUUCAAGAUCAUUAUCGAGCCUUUUUGACACGUGAUGUCUCCCAGCUCUUAACUAACUUAAACGUUUUCUCUUUAGGUUGGUGUAACAAAGGAGGCUUGGGGAACAAAAGCUGUGUGUAGUUGAAUAGCCCGUGCCAUAAAUUUGCACUAGGAAACACACAGCUAAACCAUUACAUUUUGCACAGCUAAAAAAAUUAAAUCUCUUUUAUGCUUCCCCAAAACAAUUCCCAGGAAUUGUUUGGGUUCUGGUGUGUCCUCAGAAAUGACUGUUUCACUUCCUUACUGUGUUUCUGAAUGGCUGCAGCUUGAAUGUCCAGUCAGAUCACUUGGAGCUGCAGCAGUGCUUACCUGGGGUGGUGAUGUUUGCCUGGAGGAACAAGUGAUGGGAUCAAGGCCUUAGUCAUGUUCCAAAACCCUUCAGACUCUGCUGUGCAUCAGCAGUUUGAGUGACGUUUGGAGCCCAUGCAGUGAGGAAAGGAGUUCCUUGCUGUCUAGGAAAAGGCCAAGCAGUGUGAUGUGGUUUCCUGGAGCAUGGGAGUGUGGGAAAUUAAAGUUGUUUGGAAUGUUGGUGUUCUCUGUUGUAUUUGCAGUGGGGUUGCUGGGGAGGGAAGGUUUCUCUGCAUUGCAGCUGGUUUAGGGUAUGUACUUGGAAUAUUUCAUCAAACAGAAUCUCAACACAAACAGGCCUUGAAAUCGAGGCUUGAAAAUUCUAUUCUGUGAUUCUGUUUUACAUUUUCUGAAUUUCUGCCUGUACUUCCCAUUUUUAGAAGAGCUUGUGAAUUCUAGAGAGCUCCGAGAAUGAGUCCAAUAAAUUCUUUCCCAUUUUUGUCUUGUAAACAACACAACUAUUUUAAACUGUCUGAGCCAAUGUUUGUUUGAUGUUCUGGAGAGCUGUUUGGAUGCAUUGCUUAAACUGCUAUCACAGAAACCAGAGGCCUCAAAGGUGUUCUUCCAAGGUUUUUGUUUGGAUUAAGGAAGUUACCAGCACACACAUCUGAUCCAGCAUUCCUCUGCUCACUGUGGCUUGACAUGACACGUUUGAAUGUCAUGAAGGUAAACACAAAAAAAAUUGUUCACUGGAGUUUAUCUGUUACAAAAUCCUGAAGGGAGGAUUUUUUUUUUAAAUCAGGCUCAAACAGUGAUUGUAUAUUUAAAACUGUUCUUUGUGAAAUACAGAGCAUUUUCUGAUGUGGGUUUUUUUCCAACUGUUAGAUAUAUUUAUGGUGUUAUUCAGUUUAUUUUUUUUUUUUUGCCACUGCUUCUUUUAGCUGCAGUAAUAAGCUAAUGACAAGCUGAACUGGGGGUUGCAAAUUACAAACGGUUCUGAUUCAAAACCCUAAGUGCUCUUAGUGACUCCUCAUAAUAGGAAUAUUUAGCUGUGAGUCAUUUUUCCAGAUAACUGACUCUGUGUGGAGGAUUCGGAGCAGUUUUCAGUUUGUAUAUGUAAAAACUUUUGCCAGACUUAUAUAGAAUUUAGGUUCCUGAUGCAGUUUCAUGUGUCAGAAAUGGAUGGUCUAUUUGCCUAUAUAUCUAUAUGCCUAAAAGACUUGCUUUUUUCUCUUAAUAGUAUACUGUUAUGGUGCACUAGUAUGUUAUUAAUGCAUAUUCAUUGUAGUUUCUUAUCUGUUUAGAACAGGUAGAGACUCUGGAGUUUGGAUACAACACGUGAGGUGGUUUUUUAAUUCAGUUAUGUUUUGUUUGAUCUCUUUUGGAUUAAGUGGGACUGAAGUAAUUUGCUCUGAGUUAGUGCUUUGAAAGGUUUUGUUCACGUGUCAUGGGUGGAAGUACCAAAGUAUACUCCAUUUAAAAUAAAAAAUAAGUCUAUUUAAA